AUCAACUCAUCCUACGGCUAUUCAAGCUCAACAACCACCGUCAUGUUUGACCAGACUCUCAAGGCCAUUGGCCUUAUCUGGAUUCUUUAUACUGCCUACAAAUUUUACGACGUCAUUGCGAUAUGGAUUCUUCCUUCUGUGUCAUUGAAGAAAUAUCAGAAGAAGGGCUCCUAUGAGUCUUGGGCACUCGUCACCGGUGGAUCCGCAGGCAUCGGGCUGGGCUGCGCGCAGGAACUCGCCCUUCAAGGCUUCAAUAUUGUCUUACUUAGCAACAACGAGGACGACCUGGAGGACGCACGCGCUCUCAUCGAGUCCGAAUGUAUUCGUCGACACAAGAACGAGAUCGCGGUCCGCAUUCUCAAGAUCGAUGCCAGCACCAGCACACCCGAAAAGGUGCAGGCUGCUGUCGACAAUAUGGAUGACUUGAACAUCACUUUAUUGGUGAACAACGUUGGAGGUGUGGCCGCUCGACAGCCCGCGAUCUGGCCUCUGCACGACUACACUGCCGAAGAGGUGGACAACACCAUCAACCUCAACGCGCGAUUCAUGGCACAGUUGACCCGGCUUAUGCUCCCUGUCCUCGCCAAGAAUGGUCCUUCUUUGAUGCUCAACGUCAGCUCCGGGGGUAGGAUGGGUACGCCUGGUGUGGCUGUGUACUCCGGAACCAAGGGUUUCGUCUCUUCCUUCAGCAACGCCAUCGCGAGAGAGAUGAGGGCCGAAAAGAAGAAGGUCGAUGUGCUUUGUCUCGUGGCUGAUGACGUGAAAACGCAGUCAAACGCUCCUGCCAUGGCACCGGGACCAUCAGAUGACAGGGAAUUUGCCAAAGCGGCUUUGAAGAGAGCGGGCAGGGCAGCUCAGAGGGGCAUGCUGGAAAUGACACCGUGGUUCAAGCAUGCGGUCCAGAUGGCAUAUAUGCCUGAGUGGCGGCGGGCUAAGGCCAUGUCUGACUUCUUCAAGCAGGAGGUUGAGGCUCAUAAGAAGGGCAAAUGAUAUCCUCUUCGGCACCUGUCGAUGUUAACUCUUUGGGCGGUUAUCGCCAAGCUCUCGAAUACGAGCCAUCAUGUAAAUGAAGGCAUAGGUGGCUCGGGUGUGGAUAAAAGGGGUUGAUUACUGGGAAGACAAAACAACGCAAUUUUUUCAACCUGCACGUGUUCAUCAUUAAUUGUAGCCACAUCAGGACGCAUGUUAGUUUGGUGAGUAUGACCUAGUCGUAUCUUCAAUUCGCUAGCUGGGUUCUACCGUGCGGCUUUUAUGCAACUGGGGGCUAAGUUGAAGCGGCAGCUAUGGCCUUCCUGCGAUUAAGAAAGAAAUGACGAACUUGAUAACUAGGAUGCUAAGAACAAGUACCUUGUACAAAGUAAAUUUGAGAAGAUCUACUAAA